AUGGCGUCGUUCUCGGAGGCUCCCCCUAGGAACCCCAAGGCGGGCGAGAAAAUCUUCAAGACCAAGUACGCGCAGUGCCACACGGUCGAGAAGGGCGUCGGACACAAGCAAGGCAGGAAUGGGUGGAGGAACUGGAGCAUUUGUCAUCCCAAAUGUAAGCUAUUGUCUGCUAUUUCUCCAAAUACACCUGUAACUGAAGCAUUUAAUCUGGCUGAUGAUAUUCGUCGCCAAGGCAUUCGUGGCAUAUCUGAUAUAAUUACGGUUCCUGGAUUGGUUAAUGUUGAUUUUGCUGAUGUGCGUGCUAUCAUGCAAAAUGCAGGGUCAUCUUUGAUGGGUAUAGGGACUGCUACAGUCGCCACUGCUGAUAUUGGAAUUGAAAGAGCUACGGGCAUUGUGUGGAAUAUCACUGGGGGAACUGACCUGACUUUGUUUGAGGUAAAUGCUGCGGCCGAAAUUAUCUACGACCUUGUUGAUCCAAAUGCUAAUAUGAUAUUUGGCGCUGUCAUAGACCCGUCACUGAGUGGGCAAAUGAGCAUAACCUUGAUAGCUACUGGCUUCAAACGGCAGGAUGAACCAGAAGGUCGCGCAUCUAAGGUAAAUCUUGUCGAACAAUUACUAGGGCCCCCUAACUUGGAUGUCAUACUUGUUCUCACAUUUGCGCAACCAAAGGGUGGCCAGCAAGGUGAGAAUGGCCGACGCCCGUCCUCCGCAGAAGGCAGCAUGGUGGAGAUCCCAGAGUUCCUUCGACGAAGAGGACCUUCUCGCUUCCCUCGAGUUUGA